CCAAGAUCCUGUUGAAGUCGGCGUUGGAUGCCCAAGAACCCGUUUAAUUUUCACGAUUCCUAGCGCUGAUCAGACCAAGAGAAACAGAUAUCGGGCUUGGACGGCCACUGUCCGCCUCUUGCGCACCGCUCCCUUCUCUUCCCCUCCCUAAAAGAACUAAAACCCUAAAACCCCAAAGAAAUCUGAAAUCAAGAAGAUAUAAUCUCCAAGAAAUGGCGACGAUGAUCCCAAACGCCUUCCGGUGCCCCAGUUCUAACCCCGCCCGGCGGUGGAGCUUCUUCUCCGAUGGCUCGGUUCCGGUCGCUCCGCUCGCCUCCUCGGUGAGGUUCUCUAGGAUACCCAUGAGGCACUAUCGGAUGGUCUGCACAGCUACGUCUGCUGCGGGGAGCCCGCAUGCAAAUAGUGAUGAAAACCCGUAUGAGGUUAUUGGUGUGAGUCCGAUAGAAGGAUUUGAUACGAUGAAGGCAGCCUACACAAGAAGGCGUAAGGAUGCAGAGAGGAGGGGGGAUGAAGCAUAUGUGGCAAAACUAGAGAGGGCAUAUGAUAAGAUCAUGAUGUCGCAGUUGCAAAAUCGGAAGAAGGGCCUUGCAUUUGGAUCAUUUAAGCAAUCUAUCAUGCAGGUGUCCAAGGAUAUUAAGUAUGCUGAUAAGCAACCUAUCGUCCCAUGGGGACCUAGGUAUUCCAGGUCUAAUGUAAAAGACAUGCGCAUAAAUAUGGCAAUAUCUGCAGUAUUUACAAUUUGGAUUUUUAUCAAACGCAGUGCUGAAUGGAAGCCUCUGCAAUUUCUAGCUUUCAUUUUUUUCUACCGAAUAUUUGAGAAAUUGAAAUCUUUUGAGCCAGCAGUAUCUCCAACUUUUACUGAGGAUGGUGAGGAUGAAGGUAGGGCAUUACGUAUGGGAAAGCGACUACUUCGUUCUCUUUCACUGGUUUUUGGGUGUAUUGCUGUUUCAUCUUUGGGUUAUACCGGACUACUCAACCUGAUCGAGUUUCUAGGACAUUACAUUCCUGUCUUUCUUUACAAUAACCAGGAGCUGCUUGUUACGACGGCAACAUCCAUCUUGCUCUACACCAUGGCAUCAUAUUACCGAUGAUAACUAUUUUCAGGUGUUCUGCAGGCGUUUAAAACCUAGACAGCAUGUUGUCAAAAUUUAGAGCUAUUCUUAGUCACAUGUCUGUUCUUAUGUAUAGAAAAAGGCACCUUCACUAGGUGGCUGCCUGUUUUUGAGUAUAGGGCGUACUCUUUUAUGCUGCAGCAUGGUUUGAUCUCAUUCAGGUGCAAUUGUUUGGGCUUUCAUUGCAUGGAAAUGUUGUGGUUGAGUGUUGAAGUGGCAAUUUCUGUAGCUGGCGAACACUGCAGCACCAAUCUUUUGAUGACGGUGGUCAGUAAUUCUUGUAUGCGUUAAUGAUCAUAAAACCCCUUGCAGUAAUCGUUCAAGGCUUCAACCUGCUGUUAUCAUGAAGCUAUCAUGGAAAUUGCCUUUGUCGAGCUUCAUGCUUCUUAGGAAGAGUUGAAAGAGAGUCCAGCAUCAGCUAGAAAGCAACAAAAUUUAUUUAUUGAAUCUGUCAUUCUGAAACCCCACAAUAAACUAACAUCAGAAAUAUUUUAAGCUUCUUGUCAUUUGCUUCA